GAUUUUGAAGGAUUUGGAGGGAUUUGUGGGGGAUUUCGGGAGGAUCUGGAGGGACCCCGGCGGAGGCAGGCGAGGCCGGGCGCCAGGGAAUCGCCGGAGACAGGGGAUUCGACGCCCUGCCAGGACCCAGGGGGAUUAAGGAUUUGGAGGGAUUUGUGGGGGAUUUCGGGAGGAUCUGGAGGGACCCCGGCGGAGGCAGGCGAGGCCGGACGCCAGGGAAUCGCCGGAGACAGGGGAUUCGACGCCCUGCCAGGACCCAGGGGGAUUAAGGGUUUUCGAGGCGACGCAGGAAGAAAAGGAGAGGUUGGCAGGCCUGGCAUCCCUGGUCGACCCGGCGAGGUUGGCACGCGUGGGCGCAUCGGCCAGCCUGGUCUUCCGAGCAAGAAGGGCGAACCAGGGGAGAAGGGCAUCGCAGGUCGCCCUGGGAAAGCAGGUCGACCCGGCAGGUCAGGUCAAAAGGGCCGACCUGGCGACUUCGGACCCGACGGACCUGCGGGCGAGAAGGGCCUACCCGGAGGGAGCUUGCCGGGUUUGGAGGGACCCGGAGGGGAGGAAGGAUUCCCGGGGGCGCCCGGACGCGACGGCCUGCCUGGCCUGAGGGGACAGCGAGGCCCCCCUGGCGACGACGUGCGGUUCAGAGGAGCCCCUGGUGAUCGGGGUCCGCAGGGUUUCCCAGGGCCCAAGGGCAUCCGCGGCGACGUGGGCCGACCCGGCCUGACCCGCCCGCCAGGUCUCGCAGGUCGGAGAGGUGACCUCGGCGAGAGAGGUUACCGCGGGCUGCCAGGCGUCGCCGGUGACCUCGGCCCGCCUGGUGACCCCGGGUUGAACGGGGUCAUCGGCGCGGCGGGCUUGAAGGGCUUACCUGGUAACCCUGGCUUACCUGGGUUCCACGGAGGGGUUGGUAUCCCUGGGCCGCGAGGAGAUGUCGGAUUGCCUGGUGGUCUCGGCGGCACAGGCUUCAUGGGGAAACCAGGUCGAGACGGUGCCAAGGGCAUCGCGGGUCUACCUGGCACUUCCGGUCGACCUGGGCCCUCCGGGAGGCAGGGCCCGAGGGGAGAGGGGGGGGAGAGGGGUUUCGACGGCAAUCCCGGUCCUCCGGGGCAGCCAGGCCUACCCGGAUCCCCAGGAGACCCCGCCCCUCCUGGCCCUCCCCCUAAGUCCAGGGGUCACCUGAUCACACGCCAUUCGCAGGAGCUGACCACGCCCAGGUGCCCUUCCGGAAGUCGCCUCAUGUGGGAUGGGUAUUCGCUCUUGCACGUCAUGGGCAACCACAGAGCUCAUGGGCAGGAUUUGGGAGCCCCUGGCAGUUGCCUAAGGAAGUUUAGCACAAUGCCCUAUCUCUUCUGCAACCUGAACAACGUGUGUGAUUAUUCGCAACGCAAUGACUAUUCGUAUUGGCUCUCGACCCGAGAACCGAUGCCUAUGAUGAUGACACCUAUCGAAGGCAGGGAUAUCGAGAGAUACAUUUCGAGGUGCGUCGUGUGUGAGGUUCCCUCCCUCACCAUCGCCGUUCACUCACAGACUCUGGAGGUGCCUGACUGUCCUGUGGGUUGGGACUCUCUGUGGAUUGGAUAUUCGUUCAUCAUGCACACGGACUCUGGCGCCGAAGGAUCAGGUCAGUCGCUCUUGAGCCCGGGGUCUUGCCUCGAGGACUUCAGGACGAGUCCCUUCCUCGAGUGCACGGGUCAAGGACGAUGUAAUCUGUUCCCCUCGGCCUUCUCCUAUUGGCUGGCCACGAUCGACCUCGAGGACCAGUUUAGGAAACCGGAUCAACAGACACUCAAGGCCGGCGACCUCAAGUCGAGGGUUAGCAGGUGUAACGUGUGUUUGAGGAGCAGGAGAGGUGGAGGAGGAGGUACUGGAGGAGGAGGCACUGGAGGUGGAUUUGGUGGAAGAGGAGGUGGAGGAGGUGGAUUCGGAGGACGAGGAGGUGGAGGCUCAAGUGGAAGCGUCAGCUUUGGAGGUGGAGAAGGACGCUACGGAGGAGGAGGUGGAGGUGGAGGAAGAGGUGGAGGAGGAGGAGGUGGAGGAGGAGGUGGAGUGAGCUUCACAGGUGGAGGAACAGAAGUGGAUGAGAGUUACGAUCAAGGGAGAGAUUACUAUGACUAUGACUAUGGUUUCGAGGAGGAGAGAGAAGGUGGAGGAGGAGGUGGAAGAGGUGGAGAAGGAACCUUUACUUCGGUGGAGGAGGAGGAGGAAGAGGUGGAGAUGGAGGUGGAGAAGCAACCUUUAAUUUCGGUGGUGGAGGAGGAGGUGGAGGAGAAGGAACCUUUACUUUCGGGAAAGCAAACUACGCGUAUUAAUGCUGUUAUAAACUUAGUGUCGUAUGACGGCCGUAUGCACAGGCGAGAACAAGCGUGGGGCACGUGCGUGGUCAAGAACAGCUGCUUAACAGGGCAUGACGUAGUGACUAUGAUCGACGUGAUUGUGUUACUCUACGUGAAUUUCGUGUACUUGUGUGUCACUGUCCGUGAAUUUAGUGCCCUAGUGUGUGUCACUCUAAGUGAAUUUAGUGCCCUAGUGCGUGUCAAUCUCCGUGAAUUUCGUGCCCUAGUGCGUGUCUUCGUGAAUUUCGUGUACUAG